AUGCGAAAAGAAGAUAUUUCUAUUAUUUCCGAAGUCGUAAAACAGUUGAAUGGUGAUCAAGCGCGAGCCGUUGUUAAAUGUCUUAUGGCUAAGGAUUUUGCUGUUAUCGAGGGUUUCCCUGGAUCAGGUAAAACCAGUGCGCUAGUGGCUUUGGUGCGUUGUUCAUUACUGCUGGGUCGCACAGUGCUUGUAACUUCGCACACACAUUCUGCUAUCGACAACCUUCUUGUUAAACUUGUUAAGCCUGUUGUGGCAUGCACAUGUUUGGGAGUGGCCAGGAAUACGUUGUUUUCGUAUCGCCAUUUCUCAAUGACGCUUGUUGACGAAGCAUCGCUAGUGCUCGAGCCGACCACUAUUCCGGCAGUUGCUGCUGCGGAUGUUUUCGUGCUUGUUGGCGACCACAGGCAACUCACGCCGCUUGUUCGUUCCCAGCAACUCAGGCCAAUUGCAGAGCUUAGCAGUACUUUAUUUUACGACAGUAAACUUCGAUGUGCGAAUAACGGGGUUGCUGAAGCAUGCCUUCCCGUUGUGGCCCAGAAUCCCGCCGUUGCUGCCGAUCAUUUUUUCUCCAGACAUCUUAGUAUAUGUGAGCUGUGCGUAUCGAAUGCCUUGACCGAUACCAUAGUGUUCGUGGACACCAAAUCCCGAGAAAAUUCCUCAUUUUGUGCAACAUUUGGCGACUCGGGCGUAGAAGUUUAUAAUGUCGGUGAAGCGGAAUUCGUUGUGAAUCUUUGCGAAUUGUUUAUCAAGGUUACUUCAUUGACACUGUGCUAG